AGGAAAACCGAAGAUGGCGGGUGUGGUUGUGGUUGGCACCACACUCAUGGCAAUCCACCAUAGAACCCUAAAACCCACACCCCUACCCCUUUCCAUAUCCCAAUUCAACCUUCAAUACCCAUCUCUCCGAUUCAAUCUUCCACGUCCUGCUUCCAUCAUGUCUGCAACUGCCGCCACUCCCAACGCCGCCCUCAUUCAUCAACACAGCACCCUCGAAUGCUGGUCUGAGUUUGCUCGUAAUAUUUCUGGAGAAUGGGAUGGCUUUGGAGCUGAUUUCACCCUAGAUGGCAAGCCAAUCGAGCUUCCUGAAAACGUAGUUCCGGAUGCUUAUCGAGAUUGGGAGGUUAAAGUGUUCGAUUGGCAGACUCAAUGCCCGACUCUUGCUCAACCAGACAACUCCAACGCCAUAUACAAAUUAAUAAAGCUGCUUCCUACAGUUGGUUGCGAAGCUGAUGCUGCCACUCGGUUUAGCAUCGAUGAGAGGAGUAUAGGAGGUACAGAUAACAUGGUUUCCGCAUUUGCAUACCAAUCCACUGGAUGCUAUACGGCUGUCUGGUCAACGGGUUCAUCAAGAGUAUUCGAGUUGGAGCAUUGUUUGAUCGAUCCUCGUGAUAAAGAGUCGCGUGUGAGGAUCAUUCAAAUUAUAGGUGUUGAUGAAAACAAGAGGUUAGUGUUGAAGAACAUUAAAGUGUUUGUCGAACAAUGGUAUGGUCCAUUUAGAAACGGGGAUCAGUUAGGUGGAUGUGCCAUCCGUGAUUCUGCUUUUGCUUCGACACAAGCACUUCAAAGUUCACAAGUUUCAGGUGUGUGGCAAUGUUCAAGCUCCAAAGCCAGCUUCCAAGACUCUUCCAAUAGCUUUCUUCAACAACUCAUAAAAGUUGAUGGCGUAGAGAAAUUGGUAAGAGAUGAAGAGCAUGUGGUAUUGCUCCCAAAGAACUUGUGGAGUUCAGUGAAAGAAACAGAAGACGGAGAAAAUAUAUGGUGCGAGGUGGGAUGGGUGUUGGAAGCAGGGCACGGUAUCACAUCAAAAUGCAUCUUUUCAAGAAACGCGGAGUUAAAAGAGAUCGUAACUUCAUUGGAAGCUUCAUCUCCAGGAUCAGGAGUAUAGCACCUUCAAUGGGUGUAUAAUGAAUUCUAUUAACAGCUGUUCGUGCUUGAAGCUGGAAUUGCAGUUUGAAUAGUCAAACUUGCUUACAAUAAGUAGAUAGAAUAAAAUGAAUUUUCUUUUUGAUGUGCUUGUUUUUGUUUGAUAUUGUAUAUAAUAAGCAAAGAAACAUAUGAAGUUGUAUAAUAAGUUUAGUUGAUUCAACUAGCUAUUAAAAUUAAGC